AUGUUGAAAUUCAUUACCGUCUUCAAUCCGUCAUAUAGCAGAAAUGAAGAGGACGCCGAUAAACAGCUUUUGCUGUUCCACUCUUUUCAAGACCUUCAGGACGGUCAGACGCUGUCCCUGAACGACAAAAUUGCGCAACUGGGUGUGAUUCAGGCUAUGUGGCAGUUCUCAAAAACGUUCAGCGAGUCACAGGGCACAAGCGAAAGUGUCGUAGAGCUUGACGACACAGUCUUGUGCACGAUCUUGGUGGAAAAUAGCUUCUUCAUAACGCUGAGCUUUGCACCUAGUGAAUUGCCAGAGGUACCGGCAAAUUAUGUCCUGGCCAACCUGCGACAUUGCUACGAUUUCUCGACGCUACAUUUCGGACUUUGGAGCACCUUCACCAACCACACACAACUGACAGACCGUCUGAACGAAUUCCUAGUGCCAUUUUGGGCCGAAUUGAACCUCAUGCCAUACAAUCUGUGGCAUAAAGGCUUUUUGAGUUGCUGGCCCGAUUGCUAUAAAGUGGCAGAUAUUGAAGAAGGGUUUCAAGAUAACAAGGAAUCGUCCACUUCUUGGGAAGCAGAUCUCAAACAACAGCUCUUAAUCGACGAUUCUAACUUUCUGGGAUUACAAGAUAUUCUUGUAUACCAUUUGCCUAAAACCACUUCAGGAAAAAGCUACAAGAAGUACGGUUUGGUGAGCAGCUUCACACCAGACUUUGACUGGCUGCCGCAAAUCUCUAACUGGAUCGAACACCUUGACAAUGUCUACACAGUUCUAUCCAGUCACGUGCUGGCGGGUACCGUACAGUAUAAAGAGGCGGUCGAAGAAGAGCCAAUGCAGGAACCGAGCAACAACGAAGGCCUUUCGACCAGUCAGUCAAUGGCGGCACAAAGUCGAAAACUUUACAACAAUUUCAUGUAUCCUUUGACGUUUGCUCACGAUGCCGUGCAAGAAGUUGGAAAUAUGACAGGCAUUUCCAGUAGCAUGUCAUUGCUUAGUGACUUUAUGCCUAAAAUGCCCAGCUGGAAAAUUUGGCCCGGUCCAGAAGAUAAUAAAGCAAAAGUAGCCAGAAGCGAAUUUCUGAUUUCUCCACUUGCUGCAUCUUUCCUUCCAGAGAGCUACAAAGUGAAGAAAAUGCAUUUGUCAUAUGGAGGACUCAUCCAGAGGUUCAAUUGCCUCUUCUGGUUCUACAACGAGACCCUUGUUGUGUUAAUUUACAAGGAAGAGUUCGAAAAGAUAUGGGAUCACGAAUACCUGCAUGACACACAUUUCAAAUUAUCUCAAUCAAUCGCCAAGCUUUACUCGACUAAUCUGAAAACUAUUUCCAAAAUCACUCCGGACAGUUUUUGCUACGCCGUGGUAACAAAAUCCACUCGUCGGCUGAGGUCCUCAUUUCCGCUCAAUGAAGUUGUGAAAACUCCCGAAAGUACCUCUGCAUUGGAACUCGUCGUAAAUGGACUAGAUGGAUUUUUGACAUUGGGUCCUAAUCGCAAGACCUCUGUAGCGACUUUGAAUCCCUCUCGGAAUCAGAUAGCAUUCGAGCAAGAAGCUGCGAAAGAAUCGUGGGGGCUAAGUCUAAUGGGUGGAAUUUUCAAGAAAACUCAAGCUGACAAUAAUCCCACAGCACAGACUGAUACAUUCCUUGACGGUGUCCCGGAGGAGAAAUUGCGCUUCAUGCACUUGGACAUCAACAAGUUUAUCAAUACAUUAAGUACCUCUAGAAGAGCGUCUGAUCUCAAGGAAGAGAAGCUGAUAAAGCUAAACAACGGGGUGCUCUGCUUUUUGAGCGAAAACAGCGAAGAAAUCAUCGUUUUGGUUGAAAACUGGUUCGACAAAAAAUCUUCGAGAACUAAGAAGCAACCCCCAAAGGGCAACAGCGCAUUAGUGCAACAUAUGGGAACUGAGGCGUUUCACUGGUGGCGAAAAAAUACGCGGGCGUAA